UUUUCGUUGAUAUUAAUUAUUUAUGAUGAAUAUUUUCAAGAUAUAUAUCUGUAAUAAUUAAGAAACUAAACAUUUGUACAUUUUAAACAGUAACUUAAUAUGGAUCUGUUAGCAACUCAACCUUAUGAUUAUGACGAUUUAGCUACACAAAAGAUUGAAAUAGAACCAGAAAAAAUACAAAAUAUACAGGUUGGUGAAUUGAAGGUCAAUUUUAAAUCAUAUCCUAUUUAUAAAGGAAUAACUAAUAUAGGACGUCAUUCUAACUGUCAUAUUCAGUUGGAUGAUCAGAGUAUAUCAAAAUUUCAUGCAGAGAUAGAAACACAUACAUAUCCAUCUACCUCAUGGAUAAGUGAUUUGAAUUCUUCUAAUAAAACAAUACUGAAUAAUGUUGUUCUACGUCCUAAGCGUUAUUAUGAAUUAAAGGAUAAUAGUACAAUACAAUUUGGAAGGGUAAAAGUAAUUUAUAAAGUAUGUCACUCAAGCAAGGAAUUAACCAUCCCCGAAACUCCUGAACGUAGUAACCGUCAACAUAACGUAACAGUUCGAAAUUCAAAAACUCCGGAUAGAUUAUUGACUCCUAAUUCAACUUCGAAUAAAAGUAAUUGUUCAAUUACGAAUAUACAAGAAUGUUCCAAAAAAUUGAUUACUUCUUUUUCAUCCAAAAAUCGGUUAAUUCGAGAAACAUUGCAAAAUAUUGGCAAACAAAGUGUUAGUACAGAAAGAACAGUUUCAUGCGAAGAAGUAAACAGUUUAUGCGAUCAAAACGAACGUAGCAUAAGUUACGAAUCGGAUGAUAUAUUUGAUGCUGCUACGCAGCACGUUAAUAUCGAUUCAUAUUUGAAAAGUAUCCAAGAUUCAUCGUUACAAAAAGAAAUGGAAAAACAAGAAGAGGAAGAUGUUAGUAAUAUCGAUAACACAGCAACAUUGGAACAAAACUGCGACAAAGUUGGUUCUACGAGUACACCUAUAAGAAAAACAAAUGCUCAGGAUGAUCAAGUAAACAAAUUGAAUAGCAUAGAAAGAGAUAUUGCAUCGGCAACCAAACGUCUUCGAUCGAAAAAUAAUUCUUCGCCUUCGGUUAAAGAAAAUAAUAAAAAAAAAAUAAAUGUCAUUGAUAUAACCUCACCAGAUAGAAUUCCAAAUUCAAACAAACGACAAGCUGAAGAAAAGAUAAAUGAUCUUGACAAUAUUGAAACUUUAGAUACGCAAAUAAUAAAUAUAGAAAGUAACAAUCGUUCCGAUUCAGUUAAAAAAUUACAAGCAAAUAAAAUUGACAUAAACAAAUGUAGUUCUAGUAUAGAAGAUAUCGAUUAUGAGACAGCUAGUACGCAAAUAAUCGGAGAAAUCGAAAUUACAAAUAGUAAAACGUUUAAAUUAGCUAAAUCCAAUUUGCAGAGUGAUGUACAAGAAGAAGAAGAUGAUGACAUUUUAUCUCGAUUGCCAGAGGUUAAUAUAUCUGGUACUCUUUCAAAUUCAGCAACGCCUGUGAAGAUUGUAAAACGAACGAAUAAGUCUAGAAGAACGUAUAAUAAUUCAAAAACUGUUAACAAAUCUGACACAACGUCUAAAAGUUCUAAAAGUAAAUCUGUCGACAAGAAGAAUGAAGCGGAUACGACGUUAAGAAAAAGUGACAAAAAUUUCCACAAGACUACUACGAAUACGAUAUCACAGAUAGAUAAUAAUAAAUCGGGUCAUUCGAUGAGUAAAAGAUCAAAGAAGAAAGAAAACGUAGUUAGCGAUAUUAAAAGUUCAACCGAUAAACCUGAAGUUAAUACGAAAAGUAAAAGAAACAAAAAAAAUACUAGAAAUAAUACAAACGAAAGAACAAAAAGUAGUUCUGGAUCAAUGACCAAUAAAGAAAAGGAAAAUAAAAAUGACACAUCUGAAGAAGAAAUGGGAGAAGAGUCGCAAGAAAUUGCCAUGAUCAUGAACAUUUCUUUGAUUAACGAUAGUGAAACGUUGAAAAAUAUUAGUUCACGAAAACGUAAAAUAUCUGAUGUCAAUUUGGAUGACAAUUCGUUGAUAAAUAGUAAUAACAUUUCACGUAAACGUGAAACUAGUAAUGAAAAACACAAUGUACCAGUAUCAUCAAGAGCCAAACGAAAGAAAUUAGGUAAAAAUAGUUCUUUACAAUCGUCACUUGAUUCCAUUAGAGAUGAUUCAUUGACCAACAAGGAUAAAGAUACAAAAUCUCCACCAUCAACGCGAAAUUCUUCGCUUACACGGUCAACAAGUAUGAAAAAAGAGAUCAAUCAAAAUAAUACAACUAUUUCGAGAAAAAGAAAAAAAAUAGAGGAUGACAUUUUAAUGGAUGUAAAAAUUAAUAUAAAUACAUCGGAUGUUUCGAAAUAUUUAACUAAUGUUAGUCCGAAUGUAUCAUUUUCUACUGCAAAAGAAAAAGUUCUUUUUACCGGUGUAACAGAUGACGAUUAUGUGAAAAUAUUAAAAUCAUUAGGUGGUGUUAAGGUGAACGAUCCUUCUGAGUGUACUGUAUUAGUUACGGACAAAAUACGUAGGACAACUAAAUUUCUGUGCACAUUAGCAAAAGCUGUGCCAAUAGUAUCAGUCAAUUGGUUAUUAGAAAGCAAACGUGCUGGUUAUUUCUUAGAUUUGAACAAUUAUUUAUUAAAGGAUCCAGCUAUGGAAGCAAAAUAUGGAUUUAGAUUAAGAAAAAGUUUGGAAAACGCUAAAGAACGACAAUUGUUAGAUGGUUAUACAGUAUUAUUAACUCCAAAUAUAAUCUCACCACCUGUAUCAGAAUUAAGAACUAUAAUUGCGUCGUGUGGAGGUAAAUCUUUUUUACGUGCACCUUUGAAUUUGCCAACUAAAACUGUAAUUAUAAGUAUUGAAAAAGAUUUGGAUAAAACAAAAAAAUGGUUGGCAAAAGCGCCGAGUGGUACAACUGUGCAAUCAACAGAAUUCCUUUUAACUGGUAUUUUGAAACAAGAACUAGAUUUUGUUAAAUAUAAAUUGACAUAAUUAUAAAUUGACAUAAUUGUAAAUUGACUAACCCCUUAAGGGUCAUAUGCUCGAGUUAAUUUGAGUGCGCUAAACCACCUAAAUUUUGCACGCUCGAGAUAAUUCGAGCGGCGUUGUAUCUUAUACUGCUCUCAUUUUUCACACUUAAAUAUAAUCGACAAUUGGCAAUGUCAAAAUUGUGUUUUUUUUUAUAUAUAUAAAAAAAAAAAAAA